AUGAAUUCAAGCAAUGCUAUAUUUGAAAAAUCUUCUCGAUCACAGAUGUAGACUAAUGAUGUAAACUCAUGGUUAAGAAGAAGGUAAUUAAUUUAUUUAUUUAUUAAAGACAUUUUAAUAAAGUAAAAAAAUAAUAUCUCUUACAUCCUGAUUAGAUUAAAUAAGAAUAGGAAAUAAAGAAAAUAUUUAUUAAUUUUGACAGAGAUAAAUCAAGUAUUUUAGUUAUUCAAUUCUAUAGAAAAUAUAGAUAUUGGUGAAAUGUAUGAUAUGUUUUAAAAAUAUGGGUUUGGAGUGACAGAAAAAUAACUUAAAGAUUUUUUUAGAGUGGUUGAUAAGGAUAAAGAUAGUAUUAUUAAAAUGAUAAAUUAGAUGCUUUAAAUUGGGAUGAAUUUAAAAACUCUGUGAUUGAUGCUGAUGCUUCAAAAAGUAUAAAAAUUAAUCAUUUCUAAUAGUCUUCUAUAAUAUCAUAAAAGAAGUCAGAUAAAAUUCAAAUGUUGAAUCUUCUAGUAAUUUUGGAUAUAUUCCCUUUUAAUUUAAUGACAUGAUUAGCUAUUUAAACUAUUUAAUAAGUAGAAAUGAACUUUAAGAAUCAAUUAAGGUAUUAAAUUACUAAUUCAUAGCAAAAUUCAUUAACAACUUAUGAAAAGUUUCAAUAAUAUCUAUAGUUGAUCUAACUGAAUUAAAAUUAGAAUUAAAACUAUAACUAUUAAAAAUAAACAAAUCGAAUAAAUGAAGAAAUGAAAGAAUAAACAUAAGAUGAACUUGAAUUUACAAAAGUUAAUUCUAAUAAAUUCACAUAUUCAAAAACUUCAUGUAAUUAUUAAAAUUAUAGUAGUUUACAAUACUAAUGACUUACCUUUAUUAUUGAAAUUGAAAUCAAGUAAAAAGUAGAAUAUUUAAAAAGAUAAUAAUAUGAGGACUAGCAUUGAUUCUUAAUGGACUCAUCUUUCUAAUUAAUUUAGUUUAUAAACCAAUCCUAAAUCAGACAGAUAUCUUAAUUAAAAAAUGGCUAAUAAUCACAUUCUAAUUUUGAAUACAUCAUCAUAACAUAAAGUACUUCCAAAUGAUAAAUACAAUAAAUCUUAAAAUAUUGAUUCUAAUGUCAAAUCAACACCUUAUUUGUAAUUAAAUUUAAAUAAGAUUAAUUCAAGUUAUAGAGAAAAUUUUCAAACUGAACCUAAUAAUAAGUAAGAUUCCAGUAAUAAAAUUGAUCAUCUUCCAAAGACUUUGAUUAACGAAUUAUAAAAGUUUUAAAUUUUAUCUGGAAAUCAUAAAAGAAGACACACUAAUCUGAUCAAAACUUCUCCAAAUUAAUAAUGUGAUUUUAAUUCAAAAAAGUUAACAUCAUUAUUAAAAACUUCAGCAGAUGUACAUCAACUAAUAAAUAAUAUUUAGUUAAGUCCUCAUUCUCCAAGUAAUAGUAAAUUAUGUACACCUAGAUUCUUGAGAGAUGAGAAAUGCAUAACAUACAGAAAAACUAUCAAUAGGCCUAUUUUCUAAACCUAUUCUUAGUAUAAUAAAUCAGAGAAACCAUUAAAUGUUACUUUAAAGGGUAAAUCUUUGUAAAUAAAAUGA